UAUUUUUUAAUGCAUUGGGAAGAGACUUAUGUCUUUUUUUUACUUAGGGCAGGGACAUAAAACUUAAGAUGGCUGUAUUUUCUAUUUAGUUUACCAUCAACUUUUAAAGAGAACAUGUAAUACAUUUACAAACAACAACAGUACAGUUUAAAUGAGUUCAAAGCUGAGUUUCAUGUAUUGUUUUUGGGACUGUUCAUUAUUUAUGAGAGGAGUAGGGGUGGUGCAAAAAGGUUGGAGGUAUGUCAAAUAAUUUUUAAGCAUAAUUGAGGGAACCCCCCACCCCCACCACCCUACUAGUAAUAAUGUGAUCUUUUUUAUGGCUUUAUUUAAGUAGAAGCAGUUUGUGGGAAACUGCUUUCAGCUCUAUUGAUAAAGAAAGGGAUUCGGCUGAGGUGUCAAAACACAGGGGCUGAAUGAAUGCAGCGCUACAGAACUACAUUUCCCAUGAACCCAGUGCCCCAACGGUAGCGCAGUUCUUGUCACGCAUGCGCACCAAAGGUAAUUGGAUAUCAAGUGGGCCAAAACAGCGUGAGAUAAAAUGCACAAGUUGAAGUCAUCGCAGAAGGACAAGGUUCGGCAGUUCAUGUCCUUUACGCAGGCCGGUGAGAGGACAGCCGUGUACUGCCUAACACAGAAUGACUGGAAACUAGAAGUCGCCACAGACAACUACUUCCAGAAUCCAGAUCUCUACUACAAAGAAUCCAUGAAAACCUCAGUGGACCGCAAGAAGCUGGAGCAGCUCUACAACAGAUACAAAGACCCCCAGGAUGAGAACAAGAUUGGCAUUGACGGGAUCCAGCAGUUCUGUGAUGACCUGACGCUGGACCCAGCUAGCAUGAGCAUACUGGUGGUGGCAUGGAAGUUCAGAGCGGCCACGCAGUGCGAGUUCAGCAGGAAAGAGUUCCUGGAUGGCAUGGCUGAGCUAGGCUGUGACAGUCCUGAGAAACUCAAGACAAUCCUUCCCAGACUAGAGCAGGAGCUGAAAGAUACGGGGAAGUUCAAAGACUUCUAUCAGUUUACCUUCAAUUUUGCUAAGAACCCUGGCCAGAAAGGUUUAGACCUUGACAUGGCUGUUGCUUACUGGAAUCUAGUUCUCACUGGUCGCUUCAAGUUUUUGGAUCUCUGGAAUCGCUUCCUGCUGGAGCAUCACAAGCGCUCAAUUCCCAAGGACACAUGGAAUCUCCUCCUGGACUUUGGAAAUAUGAUCGCAGACGACAUGUCAAACUAUGAUGAGGAAGGAGCGUGGCCUGUCCUCAUAGAUGACUUUGUAGAGUUUGCUCGGCCGAUUGUGACGAGUAAGCGCAACAUGACAUAGUGUUCGUCCUGGCCUCUUGCAGCAGACGGAGUUUGUGUUUCUCCCAAUUUUCUUUUUUUAAAUGAGGAUUUUUUAUAUAAAUGAGCCAAAAAGAGAGUACUUCUCAAUAAGCCUGUCUGCAGCUUGUCGUUAAGAUUGUUCUUCCAACUGCAUAAGAUGCCUUGACUGGGGAGUGACCUGGAACACCAGUUCAGAGGGGAAAGCAGGAGGGGAAUCAGCAGGAGAGAUAAUGUGUUUUUUUUGGUGUUUGCUGGCGAGGACAGACAUUGUAUUUGCAAUAUGGAAACGAUGGGUUGCCUUGAACUUGUCACUCAUGGGGCAAAUCACCAAUGAGUGUGGCGUCCAACUGUUGCUGCGGACUUGGCUCACUAACUUGCACCCUCGGCACAGUGAGGGGGGGUAGUGACGGUGAACUUUCAGCACACGCAAAGGAUUAAGUUAUGGAUGCAGUAGGAUGUGGCCUCCUUACAUUGUCAAUCGUGAAUGGAACAGUAUGUUAAAAUGUGCAUGUUUUUGUCAGCUCGUGUGAAGCAGUGCCAUGGAGGAGGAGGAGGAGGGAGAAAAGUUCUCUCCGCUAUUUUCACUGAGAUUGUGAAUGUGUAGCUCUCAAACAAUCACACUGAGAGCAGAGAGACAGAGAGAGAGAGAGAGUGUGUGAGCUCAUUGUAUGUUUGUAUUUUUGUUUAGUGUGUGUGUUCUGGGGUGGGGGUUAAACAUAUCGCCUCUUUUACAAAACAAUGCUAAAUAUUUUAAUUUGGUUUUAUUCUAAUUAGAAGUAAAGGAUUUCUGAAUUACCUUAAGUGGGCGAAAAAAGAUCCAUGUGUUGCAUUCACACUGAGAAUUGGACGGAGCAGCAUGCUUUUCGAGCUCAGCACCAGCAGAAUCAAUGUUGUUACAGAUGUAAAACGCUGUAAUCAUAGGAGAAAAAGAAUAGAUUCAGUUUUAGAGGAACACAAACGUAUAUCUGAGGAAACAGGUAAUGAUAUUUGUAAUCAUGAUUAGUACAUGAGCAGCAUUUAGGAUCCUCAUUUAUAAAAUCCUUCUGCAUCACUUGGUUGACUUUAGUUUUGCAGUGUGUAAACUGCUGUACACAAAGAGACUGACUGACUGGCACGUUGACUGUUUUCUAUUAUCCAGGUGAUUUGCCAACUCUGCAAACUGCACUGAUUUACAUAUUUUUCUUUUGUUGUAGGUUUUCUUUAUCAGGCAGAACUGUAUACAGACACAGAGCUACUCAGUUUACUUGACAGUAGGUUCACUCACAUAUAUACUAGACUUUUUAAAAUGAACAUCUACAUCCAAGCUAAGAGUUUUUUGACUGUUUGUUACACUGUUUGAGGUUUUAGUCUGUUGCUUUUCAUGGAUUAGCAGCUAUAGUGCAAUGGUGGCAAGUGUUAUUACAAUACAGAGAAAAGUCACUUUAAAACCAGUGCUUGUGCUGCCAUCUAGGGGUGCAAUGCUUUUCCUGACAAGACCUAGUGUUGCUCUUUAAUUAUAAACACUAACGUCCCCCUUUCUUGGCUAAAGAGUGUGACAGAGGGAAGAGCUCAGGUACUAGUCGUCCUCUCGCAGACACAGUGAGCAGCAGGCAGUUUCCUGCACUUCCGUCAGAAUUUGCCAUCUAACUAUGCUUAUCUUGUUCUGCCAAUUGUUGUCAUCAUGAUAAAAAACUUUGCCAUGUGUUGUAAUAAGGAUGAAUUAUUUGCCUGCAAAAAAAAUUCAUCCAACUAAAGGGGAAGUAUUCUUUCCCCUCGUUUUUGCCCUCAGCUGGUAAACUUGAGUUUAAGUUCUCAUAUUUAUGAAAGCAAAGGUCAGUCAUAAACUCUGGUGAUGUACAUGGAUUAGAUUUAAAGGAACAGUUAACUCACAAUUCCAUAUUUUCCUCUUACCUGUAGUGUUAUUAAUGUAGAUUGUUUUG